UUAUGCACCCAAAAACGUGAAAUCAAAGAGAAUCGUGUAGCUCUUUCAAAGUUAUUUAUAUCUAGAGAAAGUAGUUAUCAAAUGGAUAAAUUCGUGAUAAAAAGUUGACUCGUCAGGUGCGGCCCCCUGUCGGUGGAAAAUAAUUUCGUUCAUGUUAGUUCUACAAAUACUUUUCAAAUAAAAUGAGUGCGUUAGAUGCUGCUGGAGCGGCAAUAAAUAAAUGUGGUGUAUGUGGUAUUAGCGAAAACUUAUUACGUUGUGCUCGUUGUAAAAUAACUUUUUAUUGUUCUAAAGAUCAUCAGAAGCAAGAUUGGAAAAAACACAAAGGUACGUGUUCGAAGUCUCAAAAAGUUGAUUCUGUAGAAAAAAAAUACGGCCAUAUAGUGAGUAAUCAAACGUCUACUGUACUACCUAGUGAGGGGAGUUCAGAAAACGAAAUACUAAGUUCUCUGGGUGAAAACUUGUCCCCAAAUAACAAUUUUUUGGAUGAGAAAUCCACGACUGAAAAAUCGUUAGUGUCAGAUAGGUCUGUGAUGCCUAUAAGCGGAGAAAAUAUUGUCCAAUCCAAGAGAAAAAAUAUCAAAGACUUUCCAGAAAUAAAUUUAAAUUCUGGCAUGCCUCCGUUUCAAAAUAAUUUUCAUGACGAUUACUUGGAAGAAAUGUGUCGAAGUGUUGUCCAUGAUUUGACUAACUACGGUGUAUGUGUAUUAGACAAUUUCAUUGGUGCUGAGAGAGGUAAGGUAAUACUUUCGGAAGUGUUAGAAAUACAAGCGAAGGGUGUAUUCCGUGAUGGACAGUUAGUUUCGUCAAAAGGAAAUAAAGAGGAUCCAAAAACGAUAAGGAGUGAUCAGAUUUACUGGGUGGACGGCAAGGAGCCUUAUUGUGCAAAUAUUGGUUUUCUUAUAAGUCAAGUGGAUGCUGUCAUUAUGAGAGCUAAUCGAAUGGCCAAUAAUGGGAAACUGGGACAAUAUAACAUUAAUGGUAGAACUAAGGCGAUGAUUGCCUGUUACCCUGGUCUGGGAUCACACUACGUCAAACAUGUGGACAACCCAAACAGGGAUGGGCGGUGCAUUACGGCGAUUUAUUAUUUAAAUCUCAACUGGGACGUCCGUACCUAUGGUGGCCUCUUGCGGAUAUUCCCACAGGGAUGGCUGGAGGACAAAGUUGCAGAUAUAGAACCCCUAUUUGAUAGAUUGUUAUUCUUUUGGUCGGACCGAAGAAACCCCCACGAAGUACAACCAGCGUAUCAAACUCGUUACGCUAUUACUCUCUGGUACUUUGAUGCUGCGGAAAGAGCAGAAGCACUUAGGCGCUACGAAAGAGAGAGAAAAUCCUUACCUACGCAGUCGAAAUGAUGUCGACGUAAGAAUCACAAGUGAUUAAAUUGUUAUACAGUUUAUGAACAGUUCACAUGAAGAACAUUUAUUUAUGAUUACGUCCUAUGUAAAUACCUGUGAAUUUUUAUAUAUCUAAGACUAUUUGUUAGUUUGAUAGGCGACGUGUGAUAUUUUAAAAAAAAUUGCCAAUAGUUUUUGUGCAUGUUCAGUUUCAUACAUUGUAUUGUUUAGUCGGUAUUAAAACUACUUAAUUUAAGUGUAUUGAUAAAAUACAAAGUCGAUAUAUAUUUUAAUACUACAUGUAUAUAAUCUGUAGAUGAUUAGCACUGUAUAUAUAAAUGAAAGUAUACACUUCUCUUAUAGAUUUGUUUUUAAUUUAUCAUUAUCAUUAUAUUACCACUAGAGUUAUAUUAAAUUUGGUAGUGCCUCUAAUCGAUUGCAUAUUUCAGGCAAUGUGCAAUAUCCACAACAUGACAAAUUAGUUUUCGUCAUAAACAUAGGGAUUUAUAGAAACCCAGUAGAUACUGAUAUCUUUAUUUUGCUCAUGAAUUAAUUACAGUUUUUGUACUUAAGUAAUCCUCGAGAUGGAGAGGACUAGGUUUUAUUGUCGAUAUUCAGACUGGCAAUGUUUAAAGUUGCAACUUUUGCACGUUGGUACACCUGUAGGAUAUUUUGUCCCAAGAAUCUGUAAGAAACUCAUAUUUAGUGCUUUAUUGUAAAAUAAUAAUUGGUCUGUGCUUGAACGGAGGCUGGCCCUCUGUGAAAUAGGCUGGACCAGACUGAAACUUUUGAGGACUUCUACCAAAUUUGAUGAGUUAUUCUAACAAAUGAAAGUAGUCAAUAAUUGCCAUUUUAAUAAAUUAUUGUUAUUUAAGUGUUUUUUUUUUUUUGUAAGUUAUAAGAACAUGACUAUGAGUUACGAGUAAAAUUAAGACUUUCUUAUAUUAUCUACCAAAUGUAAAAUUUGUUAUAACAAAGGGUCAUUUAUUUCCCUAUUUAAUAAUGUAAUCGUUCUUGAAUAAAAACCUUUUUUACGAG